CUUUUUAUUGUCCACUUGUCUAUGUCUUGUUGCUGAGUUCUGAAGCAGACCUAACCAAACAGAGAAGAUGAAUCAAUUUUCCUUCUUCAGCAGUGGAAUAGAAUUUGCAAAUGUGGUGGUGAGCUCAGAUCUGUUCCAACAAUCAUGGAUAAAAAAUUUGGAGCUUGAUAGGGACAACAAUCAAAGUGAUCCAAACUUACCUCCCUCUGUUAAAUACAGUGUUUAUACACAUCCAUUACUUGGUACUAUUGUGGUUUUUGGCUCUUCACCUACCUGUACUGUACAACAUCUUGAAAGAGAUGGCAGAGAACUAAUUUCAUCAGAAACUCUUAGAAGAGAGGCUUUUCCUUGCUUUGAUUUUCUCAGAACCAAAAGCAACCAAGCCUUCUCCAUUCACAAAGCUGCAAUUUCCCUUCUUCGAUCUCGCUACGAUGAUCUCUUUCACCUGAAAAACCAGCUGCUUGACGUUACCACUCCGAUAAUUAUCACAGGACACUCUAUAGGGGGAUCCAUUGCCUCCCUCUUCACCUUAUGGCUGCUUGAAAGCAUUUCUCCAAAGGGGAAGGCCAUCAAGCGCCCCCUUUGCAUCACUUUUGGAUCACCCCUUGUUGGGGACUAUGGCUUCCAACAAGCUAUACUCGAACGCCCAACUUGGACUUCUUGUUUUCUGCAUGUAGCCUCCAACUGUGAUCCGAUCCCCAAACUUUUUGUCUCAACUUCCCAAAAUGGAGGUUACCAGCCAUUUGGUACAUUUCUCUUGUGUUCUGAAUCCGGCUGUGCCUGUUUUGAGGAACCUGAAUCAGUUUCGGAAUUGCUAGUGGCAAUGAGGUCGGAUGGUGUUGGAAAUCAAGAUCCUAACAACUAUACUAGGAUUUUGGAAUGCCUCAAAUCGAAGGCAAUCUGUAAGGGGAGUUCAGGUCUGACUGGCAUGUCAAGUACUCUUCGCGGAGGAAUUAUCACACAACUAGAAGCAAUUGGUAUUAAGACCUCACAGCAGCCGCAAUGGGCAGCUAGUGACAUCAACGCUCCCAUAACAAAAAUUGAAGAAAGAACAAAGAAUCUUAUAAUUCAGAAGAGAUCUGCUUUUGAUCCCAACAAAAAACUAAAUGACAGGAAAAUAGACAUGGCGUACCUUGAAUGGUACAAGAAGGUCAGCACAGGUAAUAGAGGCUACUACGAUAGUUACAAGAACGUGUUGGACCAAAGCCGGGGAACUAUUGUGAUGCACCACAGAAGACUCACCCUUUACUGGAAGACUAUGGUUGAAGAGGCAGAUAAGUUGCCCCAGAAGGAGGGAGCAUCCUUUCGUACUCGGUGGCUCUAUGCAGGAACAGCCUAUAGAAGGAUGGUUGAACCACUUGACAUAGCUGAUUACUAUAGGAAAGGUCAAAGGGACUACAAAACUCAAGGAAGAUCUGAACAUUAUGUCUUCUUGGAGAAGUGGCUUAAUGAUGCCCCUCGAAACAGUGCAAGUGUGAGAACUGCAGCUUCCAGUCUUACUGAUGAUUCUUGCUUUUGGGCACAUGUUGAGGAGGCUAUGAUUUCAUGCAAAUUGCUGCAGGCUAGAGAAACCAGUGAGGCAGAUAAGGAAUCCUCGAAGGUGAAGUUGAUUGAGUUUGAUCGCUACGCGAUGAAUUUGAUAAACAAUUUUGAGGUAUCCACUGAGGUUUUCUUGGAGCAGAGCAGCUUCAUGAGAUGGUGGAGGGAAUAUGAGGUGAUAAUGGGAACUUCAUAUAAUUCAGAACUCAUUGAUUUCAUUAGGAGUGGCAGAUAUAAACAAUAUGUUUAGUGUUGGGGUUCUUCUGAUGCAUAAGCCUAAAUAGUUAAGCUUGUGUGAAUCCAGUUUUUGUACUACAUGUUUAUGGACUUGGCUUUGGCAAUUGCUCUGUACUUGAAUGUUUUUCCACUUGAAUAAAAAAAAAAAAAAACUAGAUUUCUUUCUUUUCUUGCCUA